AUGGUGGAUUCCAAUUAUUAUGAUGAUGCCGAUCUGGACGAACACUUUCGAGAUUUACUGUUGGACUCCGACGCUGAAAACGAAGGCGGCGAUACAGAUGAUUCACAGGAUUCGCAGGCAAUUUUUCCCUCAACAGAAGAGUCUACUUCAGAUUCCAGUUCGGUGACGACACUUGACAGCGAAGACAGUGGCACCGAAAAAUGGAUAAGUGAUGUUGAAGCUGACACCAGGUGGGACUUCACUCAGCAACAUGGGCCGAACAAUGCGGUGUCAAUGUGUUCUGCUCCGAUAGAUUUCUUCCAAUUAUUCAUCGACGACAAUCUUCUGACGCUUAUAGGAACGGAAACAAAUAGAUACGGGUCGCACAAGGACUCUAGCUUCGUGGACACUAAUAAAGAAGAGCUGAAGAAGUUCAUCGCACUGUGCAUUCAGAUGGGACUUGUGAAAAUGCCCAGACUACGGGACUAUAUGCCAUGA